AUGGCCAAGCCCUAUGCUGCUGUGGGCACCGUUGGGACAAUGCCCUCCAUGGGCCAAACUCGAUUCCGGCUGGAUCGCUUUGUUGACCCUGAGAGCUAUCAGGGGAAAGGAUUCCAUCACCAGCGACGUCAGGAUGUAUCAACUUUUCGGCCUCCAAUCAUGGCCUCUGCCCACCAUUCCCACAGGUCAUGGCCAGGGAAUCCCCGGGCCUGGCCAGCUUCCUUCCAGGCCCCCAGGAAUGGAGGCUAUUGGCUUAGGCAGUCGGGUGCUGCCCCCCUGCCCCUGCGGCACCGGCACCAUCACUGUCUGCGUGAAGACUGUGCCCGGGGCCACCCCGUGGGCAAAGGCCACAGGACAGCACGAGGCUGCCCACCAUCUGGAACUACUUCCCCUCCUGCUGUCAACUCGAAUCCAGACUUGCCCCCAGCCCCGAUGGCUGACACCAUCCCCGAAGUCAGGGUGCCCAGCCCUGUCCGGCCCUUUCCAGCUCUUGGAGCCUGUAGUGCCAGCUCCUUCUCUGGUGACAUAGUGACAGAGGAUGAUGUCUACUGCAGCUGUCUGUCGAAGACGCUGUGCCACGUGCCCACACCUGUGACAGUGGGCUUCUACGCCCCCUUUGGCUGCCGACUGCACAUGAUGCUGGACAAAAUCACAGCCCUCAUGCAGAAGGAGGCAGUCCAGCGGGAAGCAGAGGAACUCCAGCAAGCACGAUGGAAGCCUCGACAGGUGCACGGCUGGGGCUUCCCUCGGCUCCUCUGGUACUUGGUCUUCUACCAGCCAGUCAUCACAGAGCUCCACCUGCGUCGGAAGAAUGUGCAGUUCCUGUUCAUUCGCUUUAGUGCCUGGCAGUACGCAGGCACAGACAAGCUGUGGGCUGGGCUGGUGACCACUCUGUGUGAUGGCAUCCGCAGCCACUACGGGGCACUGCCCUUCAGCCUCUACACUGUGGUGGGCAACAAGCCGGCCAUGGCCCCAGACUUCUGCCAGCGUGAGUGGCAUUGCCGCCGCAGGGUGUGCCUCAUCCUCUUGGCGCUGGCCGCAGCCCUGGCCCUGGGUGUGGGCCUCCUCUACCUCUCCAUCAGUGGCAGGGGACCUGGGCGGGAAGGGGGCAGUCACGGAAGUAUGCUCAAAGUGUUUGGGGGUGCAGCCACCACCCUGUCGGGCUCAGGUCUACUCAUGGCUCUCUACUCGGUGGGCAAGCAUGUGUUCGUGAGCCAGCGGAAGAAGAUUGAGAGGCUGGUCACACGGGAAAAGUUUGGAAGCCAGCUGGGCUUCAUGUGUGAAGUCAAGAAGGAGGUAGAGCUGCUGACCAACUAUAUCUGCUUUCUGGAGAUCUUCCAGCGGCGGCGGCUCCGGAUAGUCCUGGAGGUCACUGGCCUUGACACCUGCUACCCAGAGCGCGUUGUGGGCGUCCUCAAUGCCAUCAACACCCUGCUGUCGGACAGCCAGGCCCCAUUCAUCUUCAUCCUGGUGGUGGACCCCUACAUCCUGGCCUCAUGCCUAGAGAAUGCCGGCUCCAUGAAGGGCGUGGCUGACAACGGCUACCUCUUUCUCAACCGAACCGUCACGCUGCCCUUCUCUGUGCCCAUCAUGGGGCGGCGGACCAAGCUGCGUUUUCUGGAAGAUGCUGUCCAGAGCCGGGAUGACCUGCUGUAUCGGGCCAUCACACGGCAGCUGCAGGGCAGCCACAAAGGGGCCCCCUCCGGGGCCGAGGGCACAGAGCUGCUCCAUGUGGAGGUAGCGGGGGCGCAGGACCAGGGCCGCAUCGAGUUGGAGGCUGGGCAGCGCAUCCAGGAGGCCCUCUUCUGCUUGCACGAUGAGCAAGACUGCCUGUACGAAUACAUUCCAGAUAACGUUGUUUCCAUGCGGCGUAUCGUGAACACAGUGCCCAUCACAGUGAGGCUGCUGCAUGAGCACCAGGCCCGGGGUGGGACCAUGCAGCUGACACCGCGUCAAGCUGUGGCCUGGGUGGUCCUGGCGAACCAGUGGCCCUGCCGGCUCAGUUGGGCCCUGCAGUGCCUAGAAGACCGCCAGCAGGUUGAGGGGGGCCCAGACCCCCAGGCUCCACUCUGGGGCAUCUUCCAUGACAACAGUUGUGAGCUCCACACCAUGACCAAGGCCUUGCAGAACGUGGUGGACCUAGACGGUGACCCUGAGCUCUUUGCCCGCUUCCUGGGCAUCGACUUCCCUUUUACUGUAGCGGAGGCUCAAAGCCUGCUCUGCUGUACUGUCAAUCUGGACCACUCCAUCCGUCGCCGAAUGGGUCUCAUCCGGAGCAUUCGUGCCCUCAACCCACCAGGCAGCAACCCUCAUGGUUCUGCCACCCACUCCGAGAAACCGCCCUCACCCCUGCGGGACCGGCUCUUCCAUGCUGCCAAGCCCAGCAGUCUCUUGAAUUUGGGGGAGAAGGAGUCCCAUUCCCCUCAUUCCUGA